UUCUUCAGGUUGUACAAGAAACAUCACACCAUUAUUUACUGCGCGUUUGAUCUUUUAGAAGGAACAGGUUCUCUACCCCCAGCCCCCUGGCUUUUUAAUUCAUUGGCUGACACGAGUCCCGCCUCUUUUACCAGGCCGGUAACUUCCUGUUGGCCAGUUCCCGUUUGUGCGCAUGAGCAGUGAAAUUGAAGUCUGUAUGUAUGGGUCUAAAUUUUUUGCAUAUUUUUUUUUUAAUCUCUUGGAAAGAACAUAAUUUUUACCUGAAUUACCAAGUUUGUUUUACAAGGACCGCGCACACAGACAAAGAGGCAGCUACACUCCCUGAAAUGUCAAAUCUGAAUUGGAAGCCUUUUAUUUAUGGAGGUCUGGCAUCGAUUGUUGCCGAGUUUGGUACCUUUCCUAUUGACCUCACCAAGACCCGACUUCAGGUCCAGGGACAGACAUUCAAUGCCCAUUACACAGAGAUCCGGUACAAGGGUAUGUUUCAUGCCUUGCUGAGAAUAGUGAGGGAAGAAGGAUGCCUUGCUCUUUACUCUGGGAUUUCUCCAGCUCUCUUGCGACAAGCGUCUUAUGGCACGAUUAAGAUUGGCACUUACCAAACCUUGAAACGUUUGUUUGUAAGCCGCCCAGAAGAUGAGACGAUGGUUAUCAACGUUUUCUGUGGGGUUGUGUCUGGGGUCAUAUCAUCUUCCAUAGCCAACCCUACGGAUGUACUGAAGAUACGUAUGCAGGCUCAGGGGAGUCUGCUCCCAGGAAGCAUGAUCGCAAACUUCAUUGAUAUCUACCAGCAGGAGGGAACUCGUGGGCUGUGGAGGGGCGUUAUCCCCACUGCUCAGAGAGCAGCCAUUGUUGUUGGUGUGGAACUUCCCGUCUAUGACAUCACCAAAAAGCAUUUGAUCCUCUCGGGUCUGAUGGACGACACCAUCCUUACACAUUUCAUAUCCAGCUUCACGUGUGGCCUGGCCGGAGCCCUGGCAUCCAAUCCAGUGGAUGUGGUGCGAACGCGCAUGAUGAACCAGCGAGUCCUGGCUGGGAACACAGUGCUUUACAAGGGAACUUUGGAUGGGCUGCUGCACACUUGGAAGAACGAGGGCUUUUUUGCACUUUACAAAGGAUUCUGGCCCAAUUGGCUACGCCUGGGACCAUGGAAUAUCAUUUUUUUCAUCACUUACGAGCAGCUGAAGAAACUCCCCUUGUAGUGGCCAAACAAAAUAUGUGCUUGUUCUAUUCUCCUGUGAUUGGGGGAGUCAGCCCGACAUUGUCCUGCUUGCCUUCUCUAUGAAACUCCCAAACACACAAUGCAGGGAUUUGCUCUUGCACUGGUCACAGUAUGCCUCACACCCGUUUUCAUUUGCGUUGUAUUUGUAUGUUAUUUAAUAUUAUUUAUUUAUUGUUGUGUUUAGACACAAAUCAAUGCAAAAGAAUAAGCCGUCCGUCGGGCUGCGUGGCAUAUCAAAGCAUCUCUGUGGAGGUUGUAUGAAUAAAGAGGGAAGAGGAUGACGAAUGAUUGGAGGAAGGAAGGAAAGAAAGAAAGCAGGACAUGAAAUUCACAUUUCAAAAUUCUGAAUGUCUUAACUUUUCAUCUCCUGAUCAUCAGGCAUCAAUUAAGCGAAGACCACCCUAUGCUAUUUCAUUAACUUGCUAAGUUGUCCACCCUCUUUGCCCUAGAAUCGCCUGAUACCAAAAAAAGAUCCCCAUUUAAAAAACAGACUGCUUACAUCUGUGUGACACCAGAGUCAUCAGAGGCAGCUUUGUGGCGCUGUCAGAAUUUGUAGCUUUGUGUUCACGUGUUGAUUGUUUCAGUCGCCAUUACAUACAUGAGGGUUGCCCAUAAUGUGGUUGGGGAAUUAGUGAAGUUUGGUCAAGGAAGCCAAGACAUUAAUAUAAGUAACUCUUA